AUGCAACCGCAGCCGUCGCCGAUACCAUUCAGUAUUGAGCAGUAUCAACAGGCAAUGCGUAUUCCCAAAAAUACGGAAGAGCAGGAGAGCGACACUAAAAACACGUUGGAUAAGAAUAAGCAACACGGAGGUGACGUGAAACAGUCAAGAACUGGAAAUACUUCAAAACGCCUGAAGGCAUGGCGAUAUUUAAUACUGCGCGACAGGGAACUAAAAAUGAUGCAGGAGCCCGAUAAAAGAAAUUCAGAAGAAACGGAGAGCCAACGCGCUACAGAGCUUCAUUUGUUGGAAGAACGUAGUUAUGAUAGCCCUGGCAUAUUGACUACUACUGAUAAAUUAAUGAAGCAUAUCGCAAUUAUGGCAUCCGAGCACUUCCUAGCAAGGAAAAUGUCGGAUUUCUUUUCACCGCAGCAGCAAAGCACUCCCAUCAGGGCCGCGAGGGCAACUCCGAAAGGCUUGCAGAAGCUGUCGGCAGUAUCGGGAAACAUGGAACACAUGAGCAAGAGUGAGAUCAAGAAGAAAUUCGCGCGGGCAAUGAAAGAAUCAUUGCAGUAUGUAGUUAGCGAUAUUCGAGAUGAAUGGCAUACUGAGAUCACUCCCGAGAAAUACACCAGAGGUAGUGUUUUCAUCGCAAAACUGUACUAG